AUGUUUAGAAAGUCGGCCAGUCAUGGCGAUGUCAAGAAAUCGGCUCAAAAGGUAGCUGAUCCCAAGAAAGAUACUGUGACAAGAUUGAAGCACCUGCGAACUGUUUUGGAAACCUACCGAUAUGAUGUUCAAGAAGCCAAGAGGUUUUUUCAAGAGAACUAUUCCCAUAUUUACUAUAUCUUUUACGAUAACUUCAGUACAAUAGAAGCAGACUUAAAACAAAGAGCUAAUAAAGCCCACAAGGAGGAAUUGGAAUCCAUCUUGAUUAUAUUUGAAAGAAUUUUGUAUCUUGUACCAGAAUUGAUUCACAAAAGAUGGAUGUUUCACAGCAUUGGUGGAAUAUUAAAGAAGCUGCUACAUCCUGGAAAUUGUAUUAAGUUGAGAAGAGAAGGUAUGAGGUUGUAUGUUAUUUGGUAUCAAAUUUUACAAAAUAAUGCUAGCGAAGAAUGUCAUCAGAUCUUUGUACAACUGGUGCCUGGUUUAGGAGAGGGUACACAUCAAGAUGCAUUGCUCAACAGAGUUCCAACCACGCCUGAUAGUAAGUUUCAUUAUAUUCUAUUUCUUUCCCAUGGUAUGAUAGCUGCAGGGGAGAUUACUCCAAUAUUACCAGCUAUUGGAGAAAAGGUGCCUGAAAAUUUAACCAAGUAUUUUUUAGAUGCUCUGUUGGCAUGCUUAGUGUCAGAGGUGGUGAAGAUAGAAUGGAUAAAUAAAGAAAUGAAGGAGAACAGUUUUAUCUUUUUAUUUAGUAAAUUUAAACAGUUUUAUUUACCUUGGCUGUUGCCUGACUUUCAACGUUCCCGUGAUAUUUAUGAACCAUCAUUAGAUUUACCUCGGAUACGUACCAUGGAUGAAAUGGGUAGAUUAGAUUAUCCAGCCAAUGUCUCAGAAUGUCGUGAUUCAUUUAUUCUGUGGCUGGCCAACUUCACCUUGAUGAGUAAAAAACCUUCAGCUAAUUCUCAAAACAAGUCAUAUUUUCCACCAUUACUACCAGACAGUCAUUCUACUACUAGUGUAACUGAUGAAGAGAAAAGAGAGAGUACUGAAGAUCAGCCUGAUAAUGCUGGUCCUAGUCGUGAUGCUACUGGUAUUCAGUAUUCUGAGAAGGAUAUAGUCACAAUAGGUCAUGAAGAACAUAGUCUAUCAGAGUAUGAGAUAGUACGCUCUGUUCUCUUCUCCACAAGAGAAAAUGUCAACAUUGUUCAUGAAUGUUUCAGACAGGCAUUGUUAUUCUCCUUUAGACAUGCGGAUGCUAUGAGGGUGGUUAUUACAGUAUAUAAAGAAUGGUUUCAGCAUGUAGAUAAACGACCAGUAUUUAUGUGUGAACCAUUGAGUGAACUAGAGUUAUCUGUAAGAGAUGGUUCACCAAAUCAAUUGUACAGUAGUUUAUCUGAUAUCGUGGAGGAAGGUUCAUCUGAUGUACUGGCACGACAAGGAUUGUUUCCUGAAGUUCUAGACAAGCCACGGUACAUCAGGAAUGCAUCAUAUCUUGGUGCUGUACAGGAAUUAGCUGACGAGGGAAGUGAAAAUCGCCAGUUUGAUGUUCGAGCUGGUUUACAGAGGAUAUUACAAGUGUUUAUAACCAACUCAGCUAAUAUCUUUCUAUUAGAAACUACUGAUGACAGUUCACUACAGGAACAGGUUGAUCUUUGUAAAAGAGUACUUAACAUAUAUAGAUAUUUAGUGAUGCAUGUGACUCUUAAUCAGAAUACUUGGGAGCAGUUAUUGGUUGUGUUGUUGAGAGUUACUUCAGGCGUGUUGAAAUCAUCUCCACCAUCAGAAAGACAUAAAAGUUUAGGUGGAAGACUAGCACAGCCUAUAUUUCAGACUUUAAUUGUAACAUGGAUUAAGGCUAAUCUAAAUGUAAUGAUACCUGUCAGUUUAUGGAAUGAUUUCUUACAAUCUUUAUCUUCUCUGACAUCUUGGAUAGAAGUGGUUAAAGAAUGGGCCAAAACUAUGGAAACAUUGACUCGUGUGUUAGCUAAUCAAGUAUAUGGUCUACAUCUAAAUGAUUUACCUCUAGAAAGAUUGAGUGAACAGAAAGAGAAACGAAAGAGAGGAAAGGGUAAAGAUGUUCAUAUUUUAGAAUUGAGAUCAAGAUCAGUAAGUGAUAAAGGAUUUUCAAGAAGUUGGGGAAGAAAUGAAUCAGGUAGUGGUCUACGUGGGUCCACCAAUUCAGCUCCAGGUGCAGAAUCACCAUUUGAACGUGGUAAAUACCGCAGUGAUGGAAGUGUCAAAUCUAGACAUGAACUUCAUAAACAGAGGUCAUUGAGCGGUGAGCCAUCACCAGCACAUUCUAGAAAUGGUUCUGAUCCAUCUGAGAUUAUGAUCAGAAGCAGCAGUGAAGGCAAUAUUGCCGACCCUAGAGAACUACUGGAAAAACUAAGAGUUAAUGCAUCUACCACCAUGAUUAUAUUUACAGGAGCUACAGCAGCAAUGGAAGAUGAUGAAGUUGCUCGUAUCAAUACCACCAGUACAUGUACAGCGGAGCUAACAUCAGGGCAAUAUUUACAGUGUACCCCAGAUAAUAAUAGUCUAGAAAAAUCAGACUAUGAUCCUUUAACAUCUAGAGGUAAUUGUAACUCAGUCAAUUUCCUGAUAAAGAUUUUUUCAUAUUCUGAAUUUCAUAUAAUUUUUCUAUAUGAUUCUUGUGUUGUGAUAGACCCUACCUUCCAGAACACCUUAUGCCAUUUUGCUACUAGUUCUCGACCACCGUUAGCGUUUUUAGUCUAUUCCACCUAUGCCGUAAUGACAUCUGACAUAUUUUUGUUUCUAUCUUUAGUGUCUAGAACACCAUCUCCAGUGUCCAUGAGAUCUAAAUCUGUAUCACGUACCCCCUCACCUACCUGUGAAAUAUUACCUCAGAAAGAUAGUCCCACACCUGAUAGAGAUAGUUUACAUAUUGACAUGAUGGCUGGAGCUGAUGAAGAUGCUAGACCAGAAGAUUUUAAUGAAUCUCGUAGUGUACUGUCUGGUGGUCAUGUGACAGGAUGGAUGCCAGAUGUUGCUGUUGUAUUGUGGAAGAGAAUGAUAGGAUGUUUAGGCAACAUUAAUAAAAUAGAGGAUCCUGCUAUACAUGCCUCUGUCUUUGAGUACUUAAGUGAUCUGCAAGAUACAAUGUUCAGAAUGAGAGAGAAUUUGGGAGUGACGUCUGAUAAUAUGAUUUCACCUCAACCUCCAAUUUUAAUACCAGAACAACAUAAAUUUAUAUCAUGGUUAUUUGAGUGUAUAAAAUUAGAUGAACGGUAUAAAGAAGGAAAGUUGUUUGCAUAUCAGUUAUUAUGUCAGAUAAUGAUUCAGAGACAUGAUAUCACUCCCGCUUUAGAUAUUUUAUCACAGUAUUAUUAUAUAUUACAUCAUGGUCUACUCUCUUCAGAUCAGGAUGUAGCUAAUGUUUUAAUUCGUAAUUGUGGAGCCAAGUAUUUUAGUUGUCCUCUACCAGCUAGUAGAUUAUUGAUGUUAGAUUUUAUACAAGCUGCCUCCUCAAUUAUUACUGCCAUGGAUGUUAAUGAGCCUCCAAGAGCAGAAGCUGUCUCACUAUUAGGAUGUUUGAUCUGUUUUCCAAAUCACUUUCAAGAAAUGCCAGUUUUAAAACCUAAUUCUGUAGACAGAAUUACUUUAACUUGCAAUGACAUGAAGAAUCACAUCAUUGAUUCUCUAUUAGUAGCAGGUAAACGUGAGCCAGCAGGUCACGCUAGAUGUAUAGCUGUUAGUAGUAUUGGUAUAUUUCUAUAUGAAGAAUUAACACAUGGUACAUUACAUCCUAAAAUAAAAGAUGGUAUUGAUAUAUUAUUGGCAGCGUUAAAGUGUGUGAAUCGUAAAGUAGCAAAAGUGGCAUCUGAUAUGUUAAUGUUGUUAUGUGAUCAUACAGAUAAACUACUCAAUUACCAUUCUCAUUUACCCAAAAAAAUAGUUGAGGUGAUUGUUUCUACAAUAUCAGGGUUACUAGGGCAUCAUGAGAACUCUUCUACAGAAGAAGAAAAGAGGUUGAUAGUAUUAAUGAUGUUCAAUCUAAUUGAGUGGUGUAUAAAGAUACCAAUACACCUGUUGAUGGAGACUACAGAUACUGAUAAAAGUUGUUUAUAUAAAGUUCUUCAUGCAGCAGUGACUGGUCAUAGUUCUACCUCUCUACCACGUAGUGCAAACUCACUCUCAGAUUUCAUGUCAGACUCUGAUUUUAACAACGUCACUGAUUCACAUUCACCCACCAUCAACAGUUCACCAAAAAGCUACGCAUCAGAUUCAGUUCUUGAGGAACAAAUUUUGAAGACUCCUGAUACACCCAAUGUGUUUGAUCAACCACGUCAGCCACCUGAGACCGAUAUUGUUAAACUUGCUGCCAGAACGUUGAUGAAACAUUUAGUCAACAACCUCUGUCACUUCCCAAUGGGAUCAGGACCAGCACGAUUAAAUACUUUGGUACAGGAACAUCAUGAUAUACCAGAAUAUAUUGAAGAAGAUUUGAAACCUGACAUCUUUUCAGCAGCUAAUGUGCAAUUUUUUGUGUUAAAUCAUCGUUGUUUAGUAUCAUUUAUUGAACUACCAGCAAAGGAUGCACCAGGAGGUGGUGUAACAGCAGGAUUGACUACAGCUAAAACUGUAUGUCGUGUUGUGGUUAGAGAUGUAGGAGGAAAGUUCUGUUGGGAAAGUUCUGUAUUAUAUAGUCCUCCUUGGUGUAAAAAGGAUAUGGAGUUAGAACCAUUGAUUAUACAAGAAGAUAGUGAUAUUAAUAUAGAAUCUAGUCCUUCAACUCGGCAGCUGGCACCAGUACCAGCAUCAUCACGUACUAUAAAUACACUACCAUCAUAUAGUACCACUGGUAUACAAAAUGGUGACGAUAAUCUUGAUGAUUUACUAAGUUUUAUUGGUAAUACUAGUCCUGAGUGUUUACUACGUCUUGGUAAACCAUUAAAUAUUAAUCCUCCUAUACCAGAAGAUUUGUGUGAUCAGGCUGAAGGUAUGAUGACCACUAUGGUACUAGAUCAACGUCAAGCUGAGUUAGAAUAUUACAAACAACACAAAGCUGACGUCAGACAAAGGGAGAUAGAGCUUAUGCUGGCUAAACCAGAGUUACCUGAUGAAAUAGAAGAUCCUAUUUCACCAUUUCAAAUGUGUCGUAUGUUAUUAGACCAGAUGGGUUUGAUGUCCUGGGACAAACGUUGUCAAUUUGAUCUCUUGAAGAAAACUGAUAAAUUGUUACGGGAACUGAAAAAUUUGGACAAUCAAAAAUGCCGUGAAACUCAUAAAAUAGCAGUAAUCUAUGUGGCUACAGGACAAGAAGAUAAGAAUUCUAUAUUAUCUAAUACAGCUGGUAGUAGAGAUUAUGAAACAUUUGUAGCAGGAUUAGGCUGGGAGGUGGAUUUAGAGAAUCAUCAAGGAUUUCUAGGUGGUUUACAGAAAAAUAAAACAACUGGUGAUACAGCACCGUAUUAUGCUAAUUCUAGCUGUGAAGUCAUAUUUCAUGUUUCUACCAGAAUGCCUGUUGGUACUGAUGAAUCUAAGCAUAUUAAGAUGCGUCAUCUGGGUAAUGAUGAAGUUCACAUAGUCUGGUCAGAACAUUCGCGAGAUUACCGGCGGGGUAUAAUACCAACAGAGUUUGGUGAUAUUAUUAUCAUUAUUUAUCCACUACCAUGUGGUUUAUAUAGAAUACAAAUUAAUAGAAAACAUGAGGUACCGUAUUUUGGACCUCUGUUUGAUGGUUCAAUAGUAGAUAGUAAAGUAUUACCUGGACUAGUUCGAGCUACAGCAGUCAAUGCUAGUCGUAUAAAACGUUCUUUAAUGCCUUUCUUUCAUUCAUUCUAUGAGGAACGUGCUAAGUGCCUAGAGACAAUCAUACAGCAGAAUACAGAACCAACAACAUUUGAAGAUUUUGCUGCAUAUAUCUUUGCUCCUGUUUUACCUACCAAUUCAACGAGUAAGUCACUUCAUUUUUAA